AUGUCGACAAAUGAUUCGAAACUAUUUGCAUCAAUUAAAUACUAUACUACUGGCUUUCGCGAUUCGUCGAUUGAAACUGAGUUCAAACGCAAUGGUGCUACAAGGUUGUUCUAUCUAACAGAAAAAACAACACAUGUCAUCUGUGAUGAUUUCGCUAGUAAUAAAGAUGAACUCGAACAAGCGAUUGAAAUCUAUCAAAUUCCGAUCGUUACAUCCGAUUGGAUCACUGCUUGUUUGAAAUCCAAAGAAUUACUACCAGUCGACUCCUAUCGUAGUGCAGAUGCUGUAAAUACAACGACAUUAACUUCUUCCAACGAUGAAGAUAACCUUAAACGUCUUUUCAAAUCGUUCACAUUCGCAAAUGCCAAUCUACUCAACAAUGACCAUAAUAAAAUCUAUGCAUUAGUGACAUAUUACGGUGGUCGAUGGAUAGCAAGUUUAGAUAGUUUCAUUUGUACACAUAUCAUUUGUGCGUCAGGAUUGUCAUCCAAAGAGAAGAUUGGUGAUGCAAAUAAUAAUCAUGAACAUGGUCAUGAACGCUUGCAAGAUGCUUAUGAUAUACAGUCGGAGAAAGUACGUUUAGUCACACCAGAUUGGAUUCUUGAUUGUAUAAAAGAACAGAAAACGCUGGAUGAAACGAAUUAUCAUCCGGAUUUACUUCGAAAGUCAGAUGAUUCAAUGGAUGUUGAUCACGAUGGUGAUAAUGUUAUGGAUGUAGAAACAACGAAUGAACGGACAUCGGCAAAGGAUGCGGAACAAACGAAAUCUUUUCAAUCAAAACGAUCAUUAACAUCAACAGGACCUCAACGAACGUCGAAAUUUAGUUCAACUUUAAAUCAAAAUGGUCAUUUGUCAAAUAAAGAUCAGACUAAUUCUCUCUCGUCCUUCGAAGAAAAGUUAAUUCGUCCGUCCGUUUUAGCGAAUCUUGAUAAUCACAAAUCACAUUUACAACUAUCUCGUCAUGCUCGACCUGAAACACUUUCCUACGAAUUGAAUUAUUCCAUUCAAGACAAACAUGAACAGAUACCAUCAUCUCAAUGCUUAUUAGGAUGCGUUUUAUACAUUGAUGAAUGUGAAUAUUUGUCAACGGUAUCGAAAGACGAUUUAGCAACUUGGUCACAAAUGUUAACAAAACAUGGCGCAAUUGUUGCGACCGAUGUGAUGAAUGCGAAUUUAACACAUUUUGUUUGUGCCUAUUCGACAAGUGAUCUUUUUCGACAAGUUUCCAAACGUGGAACCGUUCGAAUGGUUACUGUACAUUGGUUGAAUGACGUUUUGCUAAAGAAAAAACUAUUGGUGCCGAAUUUAGCCAUACAUUAUCCAACGAAAUACAAUCCAAAUGAACCGGAUAAGUUACCUUUAACUAACUGCACGAUUACAAUCACAGGAUUUGAAGGUCUCGAACGUGCUCGUCUUCGUUAUAUGAUUCGUUCCUUAGGCGGUAAAUACACUGGUCAUCUAGGCCGAUGGCAUACGCACGUCAUUGCACGUGAGAGUGGCACGAGUGACAAGUAUUUGAAAGCUUUACAAUGGUCAAUACCAGUUGUUAACGGCUUAUGGUUAUCCGAACUAUUCUUGGGUAAUACGAAUGCAUUGAAAGAUCCGUUAGAUGAUCGUUUUCGACGUCUCAGUGGUACACCAGCUAUCGAUCAUUUUUCAUUCGAUCAAAGCUUUGUCCAUGAAUUACUUCUACCAUGGUCUGCACCCAUUCGUAUAACAGCCGAUGCUCUGCUAGCAGCAAUACAACAUCAUAAUGAACAACAAUCAUCUUCAUACGAUACUGAUUAUAUGAAAAGUUCAUAUGAUUCAACGCAUCCAUUAAUUGAUUCUGUUAUCGCAUCCAAUGGCCCAUUAUUAAUCAUGCUCAGUGGGUUCAAUGCUAAACAACUAAAUCAUUAUGAAGGAAUAAUUAAAUCUCUUGGCGGAAAGAUUUCAACAUUACCUAAUUACACGACACAUUUAGUUAUGAACAAAUUCUUGCGAACAGAGAAGUUGUACGAAUGUAUGGGUUAUGUAUCUUACAUAUUGAAUAAAAAAUGGUUAGACAAGUGCUCUGAGGCCAAAGAGUUUCUUUCUGUUCAAGAAUCCGACUGGUGUCUUGACGAUGAAUUGAGUCCACCGCGAAAUUUAUUGAAAGAGUCACUUGACAAACGUACCAAUCGAAAAAACAGACCAUUAUUCAAUGGAUAUACAUUUUUCUUAACACCAUCGGUUCAACCAUCGCAAAUAACAUUAAAAUCGAUUAUCUUUUCCCAUGGUGGAAACGUCCGCCGAGAUUUUCCAACGAUUAAACAAUUGACAACGUAUGACGAACAAACGAAAAUACCAAAUUGUCUAAUCCUUACAUGUGACAUUGACAAAUUGUUACUAAAAGAUUUACACAAACAUAAUAACACUGAUUUCGAGAUCAAAAUUUUAUCCAUCGAUUUCGUUCUCGAAAGUAUUGUCCAACAAGAAGUACUCAAAAUCGAUUCAUAUGUUGUGAAAGUCUAA